AUGCUGCUUUCCGUCCUAGCCGCGUUGGCUACUCUAAACUUCGCUGAAUCAACUCAGUGUGAUCCGUCUUCUUAUCAUCAACCAGCCGCAGCGCACUCUGCUGUCGAGCUCCCUUUGCUUGCUGGACAUACGCGUUCAGUGGUAGAACCUUUUCAGUUCGCUGUUGUCGCUCCUGAGUCUCGCAUGUAUACUCCCAGCUUACCUGGGUGGCAUGGUACAAUCUCGGCAGCAGCCAUUGUGACACCAGCGCUCGGUGCUCGGUUCGCUAUGUAUCUCGUCAACGCUUCUGCUGGUGCUUCUUCGACAGAUGGCACUUUAUACGAAGGUGCCCCAUCGGGCUUGGAGCGAUUCCUCUAUGUCCUCCAUGGGACAGUGUUUGUGAAAGAAGAAUCACAAGGCGAGCGAAGACUGGAGUACGGGGGUUUCGUCUACUACGCACCCGGCGAGAAGAUGAACACCUUUGUGGGUGAUGAGGGUUCAAGCUUCGUGCUGAUAGAUCAAGUGUACGCAGGCGCAUUCAAACCAGUGUCUGUUAUCGGGAAUGAAGCAGAAGCCGGAACUGAGUUUGUUCCAGGAGAAGUGUUCAAACUCAGACGGCUUCUUAAUGGCAGUGACCCAGGUUACGACUUCAACAUACACAUUAUGGACUUUGCGCCAGGUGAAUACAUGAACGUGAAGGAGGUCCAUUACAAUCAACACGGCCUCCUCAUGCUGCGUGGACACGGCAUUUAUCUGCUUGGUGAACGUUUCUUUCCAGUAGCGACGGGGGAUGCAUUGUAUAUGGCUCCUUUUGUUCCGCAAUGGUUUGGGGCAUUGGGUCCGACAAGCGCGCGGUAUUUCUUGUACAAAGACGUAAACACUAAUCCAUUGCUACAUUGA